AUAUUAAAUUCUUAAAUUAAAUGUAUGGUAUUUCUUUUUGUGUAUCCUCAACUGCAGAAACUCUCAAUAAAUUUUCUUUUCCUCUCUGCGGAAAUCAUAAUCCCUAAGACCCUAAUAAGCUAUUUUCUUCACCGCGAUUCCCUCAUAAGCUAUUUUCUUAAUCAUCCUCAUUCAUUCCCAGUUACUGCAACCGUGCGUCAAUCAAAUAAACUCAUCAGCUCACUCAAAUCAAAGAUUUCUUCAACUUGUUAUAACACUGAUCUCAACAACGCAGGCAAAGAGAAACAAACUAUGUGGUAUUUCAUUUAUUGCUCAUUGUAGUGAUCUCAUGCCCACAAAACCAAAAUAAAAUAUUUCUCCAAAGUUUGAAUCUUCUCAACCUAAAUAUCCAACGAGUCUAAAACCGCAAUUCGUGUUGAUCUCAGAAAUACCACUUGAUUUGCCACUCCCUCUUUUUUCUCUUGUUCUGUUUUCCCCUGAGUUUUAGGGGGGGAAAUUGUGGUUUUGAACAAGUUUGGAAAAUGAGGCGAAGACCAACAGAUUUUCGAAGGCCAGUGCGGAGAAGGGUUCCUGAUGUGUUUUGGUGGGCAUUGUGCUGUGCAGUGGUUCUUCUCUUUAUCUAUAUUCUGACAAAAGGGACUCAGAUUGAGUCUAGACCGUCUUUGCCCAAGAGAACUUACAAGAAUGAUAGAAUUAUGGAAGGCCUCAAUAUUACUGAAGAGAUGUUAAGUUCAGACUCGGUAACCAGACAACUUAAUGAUCAGAUAUCCCUAGCAAAAGCUUUUGUUGUAAUUGCAAAAGAAAGUAACAAUCUACAGUUUGCUUGGGAACUAAGUGCUCAGAUCCGCAAUUCGCAGAUUCUCCUCUCAAAUGCUGCCACUAGGCGUUCACCUCUAACAACCAGAGAAUCAGACAGUGCUAUCCGUGAUAUGGCGUUAUUGUUAUAUCAGGCCCAACAGCUCCAUUAUGACAGUGCAACCAUGAUCAUGAGAUUCAAAGCAAAAAUUCAAGCUCUUGAAGAACAGAUGAAUUCUGUAAGUGAAAAGAGUUCAAAAUAUGGACAAAUAGCGGCUGAAGAAGUCCCAAAAAGCUUAUACUGUCUUGGUGUCCGGUUAACAACAGAAUGGUUCAAAAACCUUUCUUUGCAAAAGAAAUUAAAGGACAAAAGGCAAGUGGAGAUGAAGAUUAAGGAUAAAAAUCUUUACCACUUUUGUGUGUUCUCUGAUAAUAUUAUUGCAACUUCAGUUGUAGUCAAUUCAACUGCAAAAAAUUCAAAAAAUCCCAAUAUGGUUGUUUUUCACCUUGUCACUGAUGAAAUAAAUUAUGCUGCAAUGAAGGCGUGGUUUACCUUGAAUGAUUUCCGUGGGGUGACUGUGGAAGUUCAGAAGUAUGAAGACUUUACUUGGUUAAAUGCUUCAUAUGUUCCUGUGCUUAAGCAACUUCAAGACUCUGAAAUACAAAGCUACUAUUUCUCUGGAAACAGUGAUGAUGGAAAGACACCCAUCAAGUUUCGUAACCCUAAAUAUCUUUCCAUGCUUAACCACCUGAGGUUCUAUAUCCCUGAAGUUUUUCCUGCACUGAAGAAGAUCGUGUUCCUGGACGAUGAUGUUGUUGUUCAGAAGGACCUUUCUGAUCUUUUUUCAAUUGAUUUGAACGGGAAUGUUAAUGGAGCUGUUGAGACAUGCAUGGAAACAUUUCAUAGAUACCAUAAAUACUUGAACUAUUCUCAUCCUCUUAUAAGAGCACAUUUUGAUCCUGAUGCAUGUGGAUGGGCAUUUGGGAUGAAUGUAUUUGAUUUGGUUGAAUGGAGGAAGAAGAAUGUAACAGGUAUCUACCACUAUUGGCAAGAAAAGAAUGUAGAUCGGACACUGUGGAAACUCGGUACCUUGCCACCUGGACUGUUGACAUUUUAUGGAUUAACCGAGCCCUUGGAUCCAUCAUGGCAUGUACUAGGUUUUGGCUACACAAACGUUGAUGCUCAAUUGAUAGAGAGAGGAGCUGUACUGCACUUCAAUGGGAACUCCAAACCUUGGUUGAAGAUUGGGAUUGAAAAAUACAAGCCCAUAUGGGAAAAACAUAUCGAUUACUCUCAUCCCUUAUUACAGCAAUGCAACUUUCAUUGAUUAUGAAUUGAGCUUUAAUUGGAACUUCAAAGUUCAAACCUUGGCGUGCAUGGAAAUACAUCAGUAACCAUUCCAAUCCUCUAUCGCAACAGUGAAACAUUUAUUGACUUGUGGAUCUGGGAGGUAUAGUGAUCCUUACAUGCAAAAUCCAAUUGAGGGUAUUAAUUUGGUAGUAAAAAUGCUUUUACAAUUUUAAAAGGUCAAGCAUGAUUGGUGGCUAUAACACGGUGUCUUCAUUGAUUCCGGAUCUUCGGUUGUAGCAUAUAGAUGUUCAUUUCUAUUAGACAAUAUCAGCUUAUAGUUUCUUCUUUGUGAUUUUAGUCAGAGUUGAGAUCUACUGUAAACUUUUUGUUGUCCACUAGUACCACUAUUGUUCAUUGCAAGUUAGUUAGCUACUACAAUAUUUCUUCUACCGUUGUUGUCUUUUUUGAUCCAAAAAGAAACCAUGAUUAGAGUUUUAUGGUUCUUUCUUGUAUCAAAAUUAUCUUGCUUAUUUAUUUUCUAAUCAGAGAUUCAAUAUCCUUUUGUU